CGGCUCCAAUCAUGUCGCCACUUCCCAGGCCAUACUCACCUCCGACCCCGCCGGCAGCGGGUGUCUUCGGCGCGUAUAACUGGAGCCGGUUCCCUGCUGCGUGGUUCGGAGCAAAUGGCACCGAGUGGGAAUCGGCAGCGCAGCUGGAGGAGAUUGGCCGGUACUCGCUCGCGAUCCUAGGCUGGCAGCACCUCGCCACUUCGACGGACAUGACCGCCGUGAUCUACCCGCAGCUCGCCCAGGCCGCUCUCCUCAAGGACCGCCACCCAGCGCUGCCCGUGCUCGUCUACGCGUCCUUUGGCUGGGCGUUUGGGAUGAACGCGGCGGUGUGGCCGCUGAUGCACAAGCCAGAGUACGAGGGCUUCUUCCUGCUCUCGACCGACGGCAAGCCCGAGUUCUCGCGCACAAACUGCCAGCAGAUGCGCUCCGCCUCUCCGCACUGCGUCGGCUGGUUCUGGAACUUUGCAAACUCCUCGGCGCGCGACUACUACGUCGAGCACAUCGUCCUGCCGCUCGCCCUCUCCCCCACCAUCGACGGCGUCUUCUUCGACGCCUUCAACUACGGCUACGAUAUCCCAGAGGUGCGACCGUGGGGCCGGCGCGUCGUCAACGUCCCAAACUGCUCCACGGUCCCCGCCUCCGGGGGCGCGGCAGUCUGGAGCGGCUGCGAGGCGCUUCUGGACGGGACACUAGAUGUCGCUCGUCGCUCAGCGCGCCUCCUGAACGCGCGCGGCAAGGCGCCGAUGUUUGCGAACGUGGGGAGCUUUGCGAGGCCGGCGCGGCAGCGGAUCUGGCUCAACGAGUCGCGGCUGCUCGAGGCGCUGCGCGGCGCGCGGUACUCGGUCUACUACGAGAGCUUCCGAGGCGACGUGGCGCCGCGCGACGACGGCGCCGGCACGCUGCGCAACAUGCUGCAGGAGUCCUCUCGCGGCGUCGCGGCGACUGUGCACACCUACUACAAGUCCGCGGACGAGGACCCGCUGCCUCACGUCGCCGCAUUCCUCCUCGCGCGCGCCGAAGGGUGGUACUUCCUCGGCUCCACCGGCUGGUGGGACAAGUCGUACCGUUGGACCUCCCUCUACGACGCUGCCGGCCGCUGCGGCCGCCCGCUCGGCGCCGCCACGAAUCAGAGCCGCAAGUACCUCCGCCCCUUCGAGGGCUGCGUGGUCUCCCUCGAUUGCACCGGCGCCGCGGCACAGCCAGCAGAACAGACCGCCGGCGGCACCGGAGAGGCGGGGCAGGCUGUGGCGGCGGCCGCCGGCUGCGUCGGCAACAUCAGCUUUCACCAUGCGGCGCCGGCGGGCGGCGCUGUGCAGGAGGCCCGCUCUCGUGUGAGCGCCUGAGGGCCCAUGCGUGGGAAGCCGCAAGUUAUCCCUCUAGGUGACACCGGGCCGCCCCCGUCACAAUCUCUUUGAGAGACCGGUGCACGUGUGGUCAUAGCUUGCGCGGCCGCUUUUCAAAACCGUCACGUGAAGGGGUUCACGGGGCCGACUAGUUAC